UCUCAUUCCCACAAAUUUCUCAGGCUUCUUCUUUCCCUCGCGCCGAAGCCACAGAGAGAGAGAGAGAGAAAGGAAAGAGAAGCCAAAGUAGUUUCUUCGUUCGUCAUGGCACUCUCAAAUGCAUCUUCUCUCUCCUCCAAAUCAUUGUGUGACAUUCAUCCUCUAUCUACUCCCUCACACUCCCACCAACCCUCUCUUUCCUUCGUUCCCACUAAACCCACCCACCAACCCAGAUCUCUCCCACGAAUCUCAGCCGUCCACGCCGCAGAUCCCCCAAAAACUGUAGCCGGCAGCAAGAAGCCCGCCGCCGCCGCCGCCACCACUGCCGCGCCCCCGGCGGCUGGUACCGGGAAGUGGACAUUGGAUGGCUGGAAGUCCAAGAAGGCCUUGCAUCUUCCCGAAUAUCCUGAUAAGAAUGAGUUGGAGUCGGUACUCAAGACCAUCGAAUCGUUCCCUCCUAUCGUCUUCGCCGGUGAGGCUCGGAGUUUGGAAGAGAGGCUCGCUGAGGCUGCAAUGGGCAAUGCUUUCCUCCCAGGUGGGGAUUGUGCUGAGAGCUUCAAGGAAUUCAGCGCCAAUAACAUUAGGGAUACUUUCAGAGUUCUUCUGCAGAUGGGUGCUGUUCUUAUGUUCGGUGGCCAGAUGCCCGUUGUUAAGGUGGGAAGAAUGGCUGGUCAAUUCGCAAAGCCGAGAUCAGACCCGUUUGAAGAGAAGGACGGAGUUAAAUUGCCAAGCUACAAGGGAGACAACAUAAACGGCGAUGCCUUUGAUGAGAAGUCAAGAAUUCCUGACCCUCAUAGGAUGAUAAGGGCUUAUUGCCAAUCUGCAGCAACACUGAACCUGCUUAGGUCAUUUGCCACCGGAGGAUAUGCAGCAAUGCAGAGGGUCACUCAAUGGAAUCUUGAUUUUGCUGAGCACAGCGAGCAGGGAGAUAGGUAUCAGGAACUGGCUCACCGAGUUGAUGAGGCCUUAGGUUUCAUGGCUGCUGCUGGGCUUACUCUUGAGCACCCAAUUAUGACUUCAACUGAAUUCUGGACAUCUCAUGAGUGCUUGCUUUUGCCUUAUGAGCAAUCAUUGACCAGGUUGGAUUCAACUUCUGGCUUGUAUUAUGAUUGCUCUGCUCACUUGCUUUGGGUUGGGGAGCGUACUCGCCAACUAGAUGGUGCACAUGUAGAGUUCCUUAGAGGAAUUGCUAAUCCUCUUGGAAUCAAGGUGAGCAACAAAAUGGAUCCAAAUGAGCUAGUCAACCUCGUUGAAAUCUUGAAUCCCAACAACAAGCCAGGAAGGAUCACAAUUAUUGUCAGAAUGGGUGCUGAGAACUUGAGAGUCAAGCUCCCCCAUUUGAUCAGAGCUGUUCGCAGGGCUGGGCAAAUAGUGACAUGGGUUUGUGAUCCUUGCCAUGGCAAUACCAUAAAGGCACCCUGUGGGCUCAAAACGAGGCCCUUCGAUUCAAUCUUGGCUGAGGUGCGAGCAUUCUUUGAUGUCCACGAACAAGAAGGCAGCCACGCUGGAGGCAUUCAUGUGGAGAUGACGGGCCAGAAUGUGACAGAGUGCAUUGGAGGAUCCAGGACUGUGACUUUCGAUGAUCUGAGCUCACGUUACCACACACACUGUGAUCCAAGGCUUAAUGCAUCUCAGGCUCUUGAGCUCGCUUUCAUCGUAGCAGACAGGCUAAGGAAGAGGAGGAUGGGAACAAGCCGUCUCCUCUCUACGGGCUUAUAGACUCCCCUCCAAACCUCGGCUUUCGAUUCUCCCACGUUGCAAUCUCCAAAAGUCUAUGCUGCCUUGAAUCCAUGGAGCUGUGUUUUUUUGUGCAUAGAUUGUGUUGCAGUGCGCCGCCACACGAGCAUAUAUUCCACAUAUGUAGUGUAUGGGUUCUUGCCUAUUUGAUCUUUUGAAAUUAUUUGGGAUUUGUACCAUGUAGACACGUAGUGAGCGACAAUGGUUUGCCUAUGAAUAUGCGUCGUUUUACAAAAUAAGGUUUAGACUUUUGUCCGUUGUGCUUAAGUUAUGAAUGUACAAGAGCGAGCAUGCACGUCCACGGUGUAUUAUUCUUCAAUAUUAGCUUCAAUGUUCUUGUUUUCUUUU